AUGUUGAUCAGCGAUUUUUUGGUUGCGGCUAAAACAACAAAAUAAACUAAAAAAGACAUUUAACCAACUGAAUAAUAGCCUAAAUAGAAGAGGAAAUUGAAACUUACUAAUACAGUGUUUGAACCUUCUAUUCAUAGUUUAAAGGAAUUUAAAUUUGAUGAUGAAAAUGAUGAACAAUAAUAAAUUGAAUAAAUUGAUAAAUUAAGUAAUGCUAUAUAAUUAUAGCCCAUGCUUAAUAUUAUUAGAUUAAACACUCCAAAAACAACAACUUCACUUAAAAAAUUAAUUGAAUAAUAAGAAGAAGAUUAAUUAACUAGACAUCUCAAAUUUAGAUAAGAAGAUGUUAGUUAUUUAUUUACAUUAUUACUUAAUGAAACUAAAUCUUAAAUGAAAGAAUUGAAAGAUGAUUAUUAAAGUGAGAAUGAAUAUUUACAAUAUUUUUUACCUCCAUUUAUUAAUGAAACACUUGCUUAUGUUAAAAGUACAGCAGAAGAUAUGGCAAAAAAAUAUAAAAAUCCAUCAUUACCAUUACCUUUAAGAUAUUAAUUAAUUAUAGAUAGAAAAAACACUAUUCUAGGCAAAUAUUUAGUUUUAGAAGCUGUUGAAGGAGAUUUUGAUUAAGCUGAUAAAUAUACAUGGAAAAAGACAUGUAUUAGUGAAUACUUUGAAUUUAUAGCUGCAAAGAGUUACAUUGUAUAAAUAUUCAUUAGAAAUGAAAGAGAAUAUGUUAAUUUAUUAGGAAUUAUUUCUAAAUAAGAAUCAAAUAGAGAUAAAAAUUUAAUUUAUUUACCUUGGAAUUCAAGAGUCAUCAAUUCUCUUAAAAUCCCUAAUAUUGUUAUAGAAUAUGACAAUAAAAAAUAAAAUAUUUAUUAAUUGAGAUAAUCAUAUGUACCUUUAACAUAUCCUAAUUUUGAUGAAUUGUAUCCUUAUCAAUUUUUAGUGCAUUUAAAUCCCAUUUUCUCACCUGCCACUUAUCUUAUUGAACUCAAAGCUCUACUCAAUAUUGGUAAAUCCAAAUAUUUAAAUUGUUUAUUAUAUCCAUAAAAUUAUAUUGAACCUCAUCCUUUGAUGAAAUCAUCCUAUGAAUUUGGAAUUCCUCUUUUGUAACUUACAGAGGAAUAUCUCAAAAAUAAUAAAAAAUUCAAUCAAUCCUAAAUGAAUGCCAUUAGACACUCAACCAAUUAUACACAUCCCUUUACUUUGAUUAAUGGACCUCCUGGUACUGGUAAAACAUAUACAUCUAUGGGGAUUAUGAAUAUUGUUAUGCAAAGAAUGAAUUAACUUAAAGAGGAUAGUAUUAUUUUAGCUUGUGGUCAUUCAAAUACUGUUAUAAAUGAUUGGGUUAGAAAAAUCAAUAAGGAAUUUUCAAAUGCAAAAGUAAUGAGAAUAGGAGUUGCUGAAAAAUCAGAUCCUGAUAUUUAUGAUUAUUGUUUAGAAAUUAAAACAUAAAGAUAAUUCUUUAUGAAAUUUACUCCAGAAUAUGAGAAAAAAUCAAUUUGUGAAUUAAUUAAACCUAAUAAAUAAAAGUAUGAUCAAUUGACUCUUAUUCAUAUCAAAUAAAAAAUCUCAUAAUUGAAUGAGAAAAUUUAUGAUUUAAAAGAUUUUUAUGAUGAUUUAGAUCCAUAAUAAUAAUUUUCAGUUGAUACUGAUUUAUAUAGAUUGGAAUCAUAAAAAAAAGACUUGAGAAGAUUCUACUCAACUCUUGUUUAAAUUCUAGGAUAAAAUAAGGAAACCUAUAAAUAAAUGAUGUUAAACAAUCUAUAAGGUAUUUAAAUUGUUGUUUCUACAUUAACUAGUUGUGCAUCUUCUUUACUUGAAUAAUAUAUGGAGGAUAAAUAUGUCUCCUUAUGUAUUAUUGAUGAAGCUCCUAUGUGUUUUGAACCUUCUACACUCAUCCCCCUCUCCAAUCAUAAGAUCUAUAAAUUAGUACUUAUAGGAGAUCAUCGCCAACUUGGCCCAGUCAUUUAUGAUAAUACAAAUGCUUGUGAAUACAAUUAUAAUAGAAGUCUUUAUGAGAGACUUCUAUAAACAACUUAACAAUAUAUUAUGCUCAAUAUCCAGUAUCGAUCAAUGCAAAAUCUUAGUACUGUCACAUCUCAAUUUUUCUAUGAUGGUAAAGUGCAAGAUUCAGAAUCAGUAAGUAAAAUGAUAUUUCCUUAAUAUUUAUCAAACAAAUUGAAUAAUUCCAAUAAUUUUCUAUUUUUCGAUGUUCAUGGUGGUACCCAAUUUAACAGCAAUAAUUCACUCUUCAAUGAAUAUGAAGCUUAUGGAGUCUUCUAUUUAGUUUGUUACUUAUUAUAGGAUUAUAAUAACCAAAAUGAAAAACCAAUUUCAAUUAUUACUCCUUAUCGCGCUUAGGUCAAAUUAAUAAAAAAAUAUCUUUAUAAAUUCAACCCUCAAAUCUUAGAUUAUGUUGAAAUUGAUACCAUAGAUGCCUUUCAAGGAAAGGAAAAUGAUAUCAUGAUCAUAUCACUUGUUCGAAGUGAAGGACUAGGAUUCUUAACAGACUAUAGGAGAGCAAAUGUAGCCACAUCAAGAGCACAAUAUGGAUAAUUUAUAUUUGGAAAUUCUAAGGCUUUGUUAAAUGAGUAAAGAUUAUGGGGUCCAUUACAUUAAUAUUUAUAUUAAAGAAAAUAAAUUAGAAUUUUUGGAGACAAAGAAGCCCAUGAUCCAAAUUAUUUCUAGAAAAUUUUAAGUUAGUGA